CAUGUUGUAGGAAAUCCGUUUGUGGUGGAUUGCUACAGUAAUCCUACAGCAGUCUGGACGAUAUAUUUGAUCACGACUAAAACCCAAAACUGGAGACCUGGAUCAGAUUAGGUACAGCCAAGAAGAAGCAGAUGAAAUUAAGACAUGAAUUGAGCUGCGGUGUGUAAACCAGAGAAAACAGAGAUCGAUUGGAAACCUUUUCCUGGACUGGAGCAGUCUGUUCAUCUGACAGAUAAUUUGACAGCAGUUGGUUUACUAGCUACCUCUGGCUCGACAAGGCAGGAAGAAAGCUUUCAUUUAGUGGUUAAAGUGACCCCCCCCCUCCCCCUCCCUCCCCACAUCUAGCUAGCGAAAUUACGUUCCUGCCCAGUUGAUCUGCACUUCCCUAGUCUGCUAACCCCCUGCCGGAGAGGACGGCUGCGGAUCCAGAGGUGCUGUUGGAGGUAGCUAGCUAGCACGGCUAGUUCAUUUCACUAGCUAGCCUGCUAGCUACGCCUUGGAAUUCACACCAUUAGCUAACUGGUUCCUCCUGGGGCAGAUACGCCGAGAUGUCGGUGACGAAAGACCAAACACCAACCAAACUGUCCACCACCGAUCGGCCCAUUAAAGCGGUGCCCUACCCCCCUGGCUCCAAGCUGACUGUAAAGGACCUGUAUGUAGACGGGAAGCCCAGUGUUGAGGUGCUCAAGACCCAUCUUGUUAAGGAGGGCCGUCUGGAGGAGGAAGCAGCUCUUCGCAUCAUCACUGAUGGCGCCAACAUCCUGCGACAAGAGAAAUGCAUGCUGGAGGUGGAAGCACCUAUAACAGUGUGUGGGGAUGUCCAUGGCCAGUUCUUUGACCUGAUGAAGCUGUUUGAGGUGGGCGGCUCGCCCAGCAGCACCCGCUACCUGUUCCUGGGGGACUAUGUUGAUCGAGGAUACUUCAGCAUCGAGUGUGUGUUGUUCCUGUGGACUCUGAAGAUCAACCACCCCACCACUCUGUUCCUACUCAGAGGAAACCAUGAGUGCCGGCAUCUCACAGAGUACUUCACCUUUAAACAGGAGUGUAAGAUAAAGUACUCUGAGCGUGUGUAUGAUGCGUGUAUGGAGGCGUUUGAUUGCCUUCCCCUGGCUGCGCUCCUCAAUCAGCAGUUCCUGUGUGUCCACGGAGGCCUGAGCCCCGAAAUCACCUGCCUGGAUGACAUACGCAAGCUGGACCGGUUUAAGGAGCCCCCUGCGUUCGGACCCAUGUGUGACCUGCUGUGGUCAGACCCUGGAGAAGACUACGGCUCUGAGAAGACCCAGGAACACUUUGCUCAUAACUCAGUUCGAGGCUGCUCCUACUUCUACAGUUACCCAGCAGUAUGUGACUUUCUGAUGAACAAUAAUCUGCUGUCAGUAAUAAGAGCACAUGAAGCCCAGGACGCUGGGUAUAGAAUGUACAGGAAAAGCCAGACGACGGGUUUUCCUUCUCUGAUCACGAUAUUCUCUGCUCCGAAUUACCUGGACGUGUACAACAACAAAGCGGCGGUGCUGAAGUAUGAGAACAACGUGAUGAACAUCCGUCAGUUCAACUGCUCCCCACACCCCUACUGGCUGCCCAACUUCAUGGACGUCUUCACCUGGUCGCUGCCCUUCGUCGGCGAGAAGGUGACAGAGAUGCUGGUUAACGUGCUCAACAUCUGCUCUGAUGACGAGCUCAUGUCUGAAGGAGACGACACCUGCGAGGCUGGAACUUCUGCUGUGAGGAAGGAGGUAAUCAGGAAUAAGAUCCGAGCGAUCGGGAAGAUGGCCCGUGUCUUUUCUGUGCUCAGAGAGGAGAAUGAGAGUGUGUUACAGCUGAAGGGGCUGACCCCCACUGGGGCCUUGCCUGUGGGAGUUCUGUCUGGAGGACGGCAGACCCUGGAGAGCGCUACCGUACAGGCAGAAGAGGCACGAGCUAUCCAAGGGUUCAACCCGCAGCAUAAGAUCCAGUCCUUUGAGGAGGCCCGAGGUCUGGACAGGGUCAAUGAACGGAUGCCCCCUCGCCAAGAUGCUCCUCCCCCUCCCAACAACCUCCCAGCCAGUGGCCCACCUAACAAGAAUGGGACCAACACACAGGCCUAGGCAUCUGGCCCACCUCCCUCUGUAUCCCUCCCUCCCGCUCAAAUGUUUCCCUCUCGACUCCCGCUCUCUGUAUCCCUCCCUCCCGCUCUCUGUAUCCAUCCCGGUCUCUGUAUCCCUCCCGCUCUGUGUCUCUCCCUCUCUCCCUCCCGCUCUCUGUGUCCCUCCCUCCCUCCCGCUCUCUGUAUCCAUCCCGGUCUCUGUAUCCCUCCCGCUCUGUGUCCCUCCCUCCCUCCCUCCCGCUCUCUGUGUCCCUCCCUCCCUCCCGCUCUCUGUGUCCCUCCCUCCCUCCCGCUCUCUGUGUCCCUCCCGCUCUCUGUGUCCCUCCCGCUCUCUGUGUCCCUCCCGCUCUCUGUGUCCCUCCCGCUCUCUGUGUCCCUCCCGCUCUCUGUGUCCCUCCCGCCCGCUUUCUGUGUCCCUCCCUCCCUCUCCCUCUGUAUCCCUCCCUCCGUGUCCCUCUUUUCCUGCCCUCCUCUUCUCCCUCCCUCACUGCCCCUCAGAGAAAGGAUGGGUCUUUGUUACUUGGCCUCCAGAGAAUCAGUCCUAGCAUCAUGUUUAUUUAUUUCAUCAUCUAGAAUGAAUCUAAUGUCAUUGGAGUCUAACAGUGGAUCUGAACAAAUGACACAUGAUUUAAUCUACAUUGUACAUUUCUAUAAAUGAUACAUGACGACUCAAUCUACAAUGUACAUUUCUUUAUUGACUGUCCCGAGGCUGGGGCAUCACUGCCGUAUUAAAUAAAAGGCAAAUCCAUUUUGUAAUUUUGAGUUGAUAAUUGGGAUAAUAGUCACACCACCUUUUUGUGUGCUUGGCAAAGGAAGACCUACGCUGCAACUCAUAAAGGUCUUUGCCUUGGUACUUUAUAUAUUAGACAACAUUACUAAGAUAUAAAGUACCUAAGAUACAUAGUAUAUAAUGUACCUAGGCUAUGAUGCCUAAGAAAUAUAGUAUAUAAAGUACCUAGGCUAUGAUGCCUAAGAUAUAUAGUAUAUAAUGUACCUAGGCUAUGGUGCCUAAGAUAUAUAUAGUAUAUAAUGUACCUAGGCUAUGGUGCCUAAGAUAUAUAAAGUACCUUGUCUGUGUCCCACCCAAAAAGAGCAAGCAAGAGCACUUGAAUAAAAAAAAGAGAAAUCCGUUUGAACCACCAUUGCAUUAAAUCCAUCCUUUCUAAUGCCAAUGACAGUGUGACAAGAAUAUUGACAUUUAUAUUAUAUGUACAUUAUAAAUGUUCCCGUCUCUCAAUGUGAUUGACUGUUUGUUUUAUUUUUACGAAAAAUAGAAUUAGGCUUCAUACCUAGAUCAGCGAGGGAUGUGGGAGGGAGAGAUUUGUUUUCUCUCUCUGAAGACAUCAGUCUGUUAACAGUGGAGAAGCACAAGCUAGAUCAUGUAUGAGGGAGAGGUAUGAAUGAAAGGUGUUUGAGAGUGUGUGGAAGAUGGCGGUUGUUGGAUGAUGAAUAAGUGAAGGCUGUUUGGAGUGUGUGUGUUUGCAUGGGUGGCGGUAUUAAGGGGUGGAGGUAUUGAGGGUCAAUAGAGAAUGGGGUUGACGCGUAUGUGAGCGGCGAUGGGGCCUCGUCUUGUUUCUGACUUCUGUUCCAGCUCAACAUAUCUCACAGAAUGUACAGAGAUCGUUUAAUUAAGGUUUUUCAUAAUAGCUGAAUCUCAAAACUGUUUUUUGGCAAGUAUUUGUACUGCGAGGCCUCUGAUUUAUGUAGCUGUAUCCAUUCAAUAAAAAACUGAAAAGAAA